CGUCCUCUAAAGUAAAAUCGUAGAUAGUUAAAGCGUUUAGCAUUUGUUUUCUUUGUCAAAUUUUGAGCUCUAGUAGUAUUUGACUCCCGUGUUUAUAGCCUUUGAUAACAAGGAGAAAAGGAAGAAGAGCAGCAGCUGAUCGUGGAAAACAUGCCAGUCUGAGGAACGCAAUGGCUGCAGCUGUGCCUGAAGAACAACUUGACCCCAGAAUACAGGUUGAGCUUGAGAAAUUGAACACUGCCACAGAUGACAUCAAUAAACUGGAAUCAAUGCUUGAGGAGACAAACAAUGCAUUCAACUCAACUUUUACUGAGUCCACUGCCCGUCUCAAGAGCAUGGGAAAGAAGCUGGGCAGCUGCAUUGAGAAGGCUCGCCCGUUUUAUGAAGCCCAGGAGCUGGCCCGAACUUCGCAGCUAGAGUGUCAGCGUGCAGCAGUGCAAUAUCAAAGAGCCAAUGCUCUUCAUCAAGCAGCCAAGGAGACCAUAGCCUUGGCCGAAGAAAGAUUUGUGAAUAGUCGUCAUGAGAACUGGCAGUUUGACUCAGCUUGGCAGGAAAUGCUGAACCACGCCACCAUGAAAGUAUGUUGUCACUGUAAAUCAGGAAGCAUUUGCUUAAGUGAUCAUACACUACGCAUUUCAUGUACCAAAACAAAACACAUGAUCCGUGGUCUUGAUCCUGACACAGGAUUGGCAGAGCAGCGGGUUCAGCAGCUGCAGCGUGGCCUCAAGUCCUCCAUCAACAAGUCCUUGGUAUAUUUUGAAGAGAAGAGUCGGGUUGAGGCACAGCUAGAGAGCCAGAAGGAACGAGCACAGCAUAAGAGGCAUCUCCCUUUCCUUCAGAUAUCAGAACAGAUCCAUGAGCAGCGGCGGUGUCAGAUGCCAAGGGAGCCAGGGGUAGGAGCUGAGCUGAACUCUCCACCUGCUGGAGAAGAUCACCAGUACAACAGUAACAAGAUUUUUACACAGCAGGGAGAUUUAACUCAGGAGGAAAAGUACUGGGAAUCUUUAAGAGAGAAGCUGGAAAAGUUGGAAGUAGAGAAAAGUGAUGACAAGUAUCAGACAAUAGCUACAGAACAGGAAGGGCGUGAGAGGAGUAUUACAGGGAGUAGUGAGACUCCAAGCUGCAAUGGGGAGAGAUUUGUGAGUGGGCAGAGCAGCAGCCAGGAGUCCAAGAGUGAUGGGGAGAGCUCCUCAGAUGGCAUGGUAGACUCACUGGAUGAUGCUGAACCCAAGACAAAUCUGCUAUCCACUUGUACAACUCUCUUAGAUGAAGAGAACUCACAGGAUAAACUUAGCAAGGGACGAAGAACUCCUAUAGGUACCUGUGAGGAAGUUAUUGGGAAUGAAUUAAAAAGAAUCAGUGCAGUUGAAGAUCAUCAUUCCUUUCCAGUAAGUAUUAUUAAUGAAAUGUCUGUACAGAUUAUAGUAAAUAAUACAACACAACCAGAAAGUGAUACAACACAAGUAAGUGACACCAAUGAAUUAAAUAUGUCACAAAAAUGUGCUGAAAUGGUCACAAAUGAAAUGAGAAUUACUGAAUUGGAUGUAGGAGUGAAUGAAGCAAAUCUUUGUGAUGGGGAUGCCAAGGAGGAAGGUGAUGGCUCCUCAUUCCCUUCACCAACUGCAUGUCAGCCUAGUAGAGGUCUGAGUGUUAUUGUUGAGGAAUUAGAGCACUGUGCCAUGCCUGAAUGAUUGCUGAUAUGAUAAACUAAUAAAACCAUUUAUCAAACUAUAUCACAAGUGGAAGUUAUAGAUGUCAAAGGUAAUGAAAGUAUAUAUAUAUAUAUA